AUGACCACGUUACGAGAAGGAGCUCGCAUGGCGAGCUCAUUGGGACGGAGGCAUCUGCCUCUGAGGACAGGUUCCGUUUGUGUGCAGCGCUUUGUCUCGACCGAGACAAAGAAGUCCUCCGCUCUCGCAGAUCUUGACAAUGCUUCGUCUUUUGCGACAGGUUCUCCCGACGAAGCGGCUAUCCAGGCCUUCAAUUCUAGAGAGAAAGCUGCAGAGACGGGCAAAAAACUUCCCGGCAAUAGAUACCAAUACCAUCCUCCCAAAUACUACCGUGGUCCUCUACACCCCGUCCAGGUGCCCAAGUCCUCCGAUCCGACUGCUCGAGACUUCGUUCCCGGUCCUUUCAGCUUCCCUCGAUUAAAGCACACAUACGAAAGCACGAUUGCGCCAGAUCUGAUCGCCAUGACAUAUCAGCAUACCCCGCCAGGUUCAGAAGUUCCUGUUUCCAACAAGGGUAACUUGAGGGAAUGGGACGAGUCUUCGCCUUACCACAAGAAUCGACCUCGCCGAGGACCUCGAGGUGGUGGCUCUUCAAGGCUAGGCUUAGUGGAGCGCCCAAUUGAAUGGCACAACGUACCUGAUAUCGAGGCUAUCACUAUCAACUCAUUCGCUCCCAUGGGUGCCCAGAACAAGGAGUACCUGCACGUGUGCCGUGCUGUUAUCCAAGCCAUCUCUGGUGCCUUCCCUGAGGUCACAAGAGUCAAGCAUGGCGUUGUUCAGUGGGGUGUCAGGAAGGGCGACAAGACUGGCUGCAAAGUGACGCUGAAAGGUGCUCAAGCUUACGACUUCCUUGAUAAGCUCAUUACUCUGGUCUUGCCUAAGAUCAAGGACUGGCCUGGUAUUGAUGCUACUACUGGCGAUAGUGCAGGCAACCUGGCGUUCGGUAUGAAGCCCGACUGGAUGGCAUACUUUCCUGAAAUCGAGUUCAACUACGACAUGUAUCCUGCACGACUGAUGCCUGGAUGUGAUAUAUUCAUCAAGACAACUGGUACAUCAGAUAGGCAAGGCCGUCUUCUUUUGGAGGCACUCGGCCUUCCCUUCUAUGGCAAGGCUAGGCACUAA